AUGACACAAAAAUCUCACCAAAAACUGAUCGCUGGAGGAAAGCUUCUCCAAGACGAGCAAGUUGUUUCUUCUCUCGCUCUUGGGACUUCAAAUAUUAUCCAUCUCGUUAUUUCUGAGCAAACGAAAGAGCCAAAAGAAGCUCCUCAGCCAGAGAUAGUUCCGUCUGGCCCUUCUGUUUCUGUCCAAGAAGAAACCGAGCCAACCGAGGAAAUCAACGAAGAGAACAGCGAAAAUUCGGAGUCUCGAAAUCUCGAAAAUGCUCAGCUUGAAAAUGAGCAGACAACAGUCAAUACUAGUGGCGAAAAUACGGCAGCCCAGACACAACAGUCGUCAACUGAAAGUACAAAGGAAGAGGAAUCCUGGCUCACGCCGGAGUUGAAGCGAUACUUUGAUGUUUGGGAUCUGAGCAUUAGAUGUUACGAAAUCAAUGGCAGCUACGAUCAUCUGGUGCCGCAAUUAAAGCUUUAUCGAAAUCUCAUUUUUGAGAAAGAAAAGGCCCAGGCAAAAGGACAAACAUUGAAGUCUUUCACGGAAAUAAUCACGAGGCCAAUUUUGGCAGAACAACCGCCACAAGAAGAAUUGCCACGGCAGAACCCAGAGCGGGAAAAUGCUGUUGUUGGUGCUCAAGGAGCUGUGGAAGAUGAUGGGCCUCAAGAUUGGUUAGACAGAUUUUACUCUUUCUUCCGUGUUUGUCUCAUGCUCUGUCUUGUUUACAGCUACUCCUCGACAGAACGAUUUGUCACCGUCCUUGUCAUUUCUUUGAGCAUCAUUCUCUAUCAAGCUGGCGUUUUCAACAUAAGACGACGAGCCCGGCCAGCUCCAGCUCAAAAUGACACUGAUCAGAAUGAUCAGGAGCCAAGAGACGGAGCUCAAGCUCAAGAACCGCCACAACGAGGGAUCUUUACGAUGCUGUGGGUUUUCCUCUCCUCUUUUUUCACCUCUCUCAUUCCACAGAAUCCAGCUGUGGUUGACGCAAAUUGA